CCCCACGGGCCGGGCGGAGCGGGGCGGUGGUGGUCCCCUCACAGGGCCCGGUGGGGGCGCGGCGAUUUGGAGCCCGCCCAGGGACGGACUGGUCCGUGCAGCCGAAGUUUCCCCGGGCUCGUCUUUGCCGAUCUUCUGAAUUUGGCUCCUGAUUAAAGCUGACAGAUAAUGGAAACAUUUCCUUGGCGAUGUCUCUGGGGCGACUCCUCCGACGUGCCUCUUCAAAAGCCUCCGACCUCCUGACCUUGAAUUCUGGUGGCAGUGGCAGUUCACCUUCCAUAUUUGAUGGGGAGAUUAUCUACUCUAAGAACAAUGUCUGUGUCCACCCACCUGAGCUGCUGCAAGGCAUUGGGGAGCAUCAUCCAGGCUAUUUGUGUUUGUACAUGGAGAAAGAUGAGCUGCUGGGGACCACACUUAUCCUUGCCUGGGUGCCAAACUCCCGCAUUCAGAGGCAGGAUGAAGAAGCUCUGCGCUACAUCACUCCUGAGAGCUCCCCUGUCCGUAAAGCUGCCCGCAAGCGUGGCCGCCACUCUCAGGGUUUCGGCAUUGUCCGGCCAGCUUCCCCCUCCGAGCAGAGAGGAGCAAUGGUCCUGAAGGGAGAAGACAUCUUGACUCUGUCUCAACUUGUAAAAGAUGUGGCGUACGUCAGCUGCCCCUCUUCGGAAGGGGAGAAGCUCUCGCAGUGCUGCCCCGCGGCCGACGGCAGCCGCCGGUCCCCCCAGCCUGCCCGCAGCGACUCAGGAAUCCUAUCGACAGUCAGCUCUCAGGAGGAGCAGAACAGGUCGGAGCUGUCGGUGGAGGGGAUGGAGGAGAGUCUGGACUGCAGGCCAGAGCCAGGGGAGGACGAGGGCUCCUUGGAGCUGUCUGCUGAUGACGUGAGCAGGGACAGCACUUUUGACUCUGAUUCUGAUGCCUUCUCUUCCCCCUUCUGCCUCUCUCCCAUUAGUGAAGCCCUCGGGAAAAGCAGUAGUUCUGUGUUUCUGGAUAAUGAAAGCAGGGACACGUGUGACAAUCGCAUGACCUGCUCCACCAGCUCUCCCUCCAGCCUCGACACCAGUGCCCAGUUCCAGGAGAACAAUGGGCAAACACAGGGCACCAGAUGGGAUGAACAGCAGAAAGUCUUUGCCCUGGAGCAGGUCUGUGGUGUCUUUAGAGUGGACCUGGGACAAAUGCGAUCCCUUCGCCUCUUCUUCAGUGAUGAGGCAUGCACCUGUGGGCAGUUGGUUGUUGCAAGCAGGGAGAGUCAGUACAAGAUCUUCCAUUUUCACCACGGUGGCCUGGAUAAACUGUCUGAGGUGUUUCAGCAGUGGAAGUACUGCACAGAGACCCAUCUCAAGGACCAGCAGCUCGCCGAUGAGAAGACUUGCAUGCAGUUCUCCAUCCGCCGCCCCAAGCUGCCCUCCUCAGAAACCCACCCGGAGGAGAACACCUACAAGCGUCUUGAUGUGUCUGCCUGGCUCCAUCACCUGAACGAGUCUGGACAGGUGGAAGAGGAGUACAAGCUGCAGAAGGCCAUUUUCUUUGGUGGGAUUGAUGUUUCCAUCCGUGGGGAGGUGUGGCCCUUCUUGCUGCACUACUACAGCUAUGAGUCCACCUCGGAAGAGAGGGAGGCACUGAGACUGCAGAAGAGGAAGGAAUACUUCGAGAUUCAGGAGAAAAGGCUCUCAAUGACUCCAGAUGAGCAGAAGGAUUUUUGGCGUAAUGUCCAGUUCACGGUGGACAAGGAUGUGGUGAGGACUGACCGCAGCAACCAGUUCUUCCGGGGGGAGGACAACCCAAACGUGGAAACCAUGAGGAGGAUCUUGCUGAACUAUGCAGUAUUUAACCCAACAAUUGGAUACUCCCAGGGGAUGUCCGACUUGGUUGCUCCACUCCUGGCAGAGAUCCUAGAUGAGUCGGAUACUUUCUGGUGCUUUGUAGGACUGAUGCAGAACACAAUCUUCAUCAGCUCACCCCGGGAUGAGGAUAUGGAGAAGCAGCUGAUGUACCUGCGGGAGCUGCUGCGGCUCAUGCACCCCCGCUUCUACCAGCACCUCUCUUCUCUGGGAGAGGAUGGCCUGCAGAUGCUCUUCUGUCACCGCUGGAUCCUCCUCUGCUUCAAGCGGGAAUUUCCAGACGCUGAGGCUUUGCGCAUGUGGGAAGCCUGCUGGGCACACUACCAGACUGAUUAUUUCCACCUCUUCAUCUGUGUGGCCAUCGUGGUGAUUUAUGGGGAUGAUGUCAUUGAACAGCAGCUGGCCACUGACCAGAUGCUGCUGCAUUUUGGCAACCUGGCCAUGCACAUGAAUGGAGAACUCGUGCUCAGGAAGGCAAGGAGCCUGCUCUAUCAGUUCCACCUCUUACCUCGCAUCCCCUGCAGCCUGCACGACCUGUGCAAGAUGUGUGGGACGGGAAUGUGGGACAGUGGCUUCAUCCCUGCUGUGGAGUGUUCUGGCCAUCACCCCGAGUCCGAGAGCUGCCCGUACGGGGGACUGGCGGAGGAGUCUUCUCCUAAGGCAGGAAGCGAAGGCAGGAGGGGCCUGAGACCCAGGGACGUCUUCCCCUUCCGAAAAUAGCUGCAGAGGAACAGGGUGUGGCGGCGGAAGAGGGGCAGGCAGGAAGGAUGUGCAUAGGAAAAAGUGGAGGGAUGGACUCCUGACGAGACUGAAGAGUGGAGAAUGGACAAGGAAUGAACUCACUCGACAGGGAAAGCAAAUUCCAGUGCGGAAUGCUGGUGGAACUACGAAGAAAACCAUCGAAGCAAAGCAUUGGCAGGUGCUUGGGUUUGUUAGGAACGUGCUCUUUUCUAGGUCUUAACAAGGACUUUUUAUCUGCCUCUGGGACUGGACUGGUUAGCGAGCAGAGCUUUGUUACCUGCUGAUGAGAACACUAAAGUUCAACCCGCGGCAUGUGUGGGUCCGGUGGAAGGAGCAGAGCUGUGGCAAGAGCUCUGCCUGUGCUGUUCCUCCAUCCAGAGCACACCACACACGCAUAGUCUCUGCUUCCACCAAAACCUGCAGCUUAGUGGCUUCUCCCUAAAGCCAUAAAGAACAUUUUAGUUAUAAUCUGCCCCCAAAAAACGACCCUGCAGACUGUUGGACUUGCAGAGAAUGUGUCUGCUUCAUUGGAGAGGAGGAACUGGUGACUUAAAAGUCUGCCUCUUGCCUUUUUUUUCCAUAGUACAGCCUGGCAUGUUAGGUUUUUUUACCCCCUUUGUAUAGAGCAUGUCCAGCCACAGGUCUUAAUGCACCACUUUAGGGUCAGGGUGUUUCACAGACCCCUUUCAAAGGUUUCUUCUUCAUGCCAUUACAGCAAAGCUGUGUCCUUAUGCUGGCAACUACAGGCUUUAGGCACUCCUUUAUGGAAGUCUGUUGUUUCCAGUGUGUUUCCCAUUGCAUUUCCUUUAACUCUUCUCAGUUACUGAAUAUUUACUGUCCUGACCUGUCUUUCUGUGGCCCAUGCUCUAAGUGGGCUUUAGAAUCUUCAGCUAGUGCCAGCAGUGCACUCUCUUCCCUCAAAGUAAAAAUGAAGCUCAGUUUCUUGCAGUCAUUUUUGCUGAGUUCUGUCUCUGGUAAAGGUUUCCCUUGAAGUGUUUUUGAAAGGACAACACAUUUCUCCUCUUGUCUUCUACAAAAAGUGGAGCUGGGCCCUUGAGCACAGCCAUGUUGCCAAAUGUCCCUUACCAAAUUCAGUGGCACCCAAAGGUGUGUCCUGAGCCAGUGUUUGUGCCAAACAGAGCCAGGGGAAUAGUUGCCUUGUAUGGAUGAAAAAGAAGAUGUGGUGACGGUGAGCUGGGCCACAUGCUGCAUCCUUCUGCAUGGCCUGUCAGGUCCUGCAGCCUCUCCUGAUUGUCUCAUUCCCUCUCACUUCAAUCACUCUGUUCCUCCUGUGCAUGCAUGUCAUGGUCUGGGAACGUCCACACUGGCUUUUCAGCAGGGUCUGCCAGGCUUGUUUGUCCUGUCAGCAGCACGUGUGGGAGCACCUCAUACCCUCCUGCAGAGUGCUGCAGCAGGCUCCUGCAGCUGACAAGCAAAUUUCCCCAAAAAACUCUUCCUGCAAGGCCUUACCCACAGCCUGCUCUGGAGCCCACAUGCCCCAGACCUGCAGGGAAGCAAGGCUGGCAGCUGGGCUGCUUUGUCUGGAACCGACACAAACCAAGUGCACAUUUGUAAGAGCAAAAGAGACUUGACCCUAUGCAGGCACCACGCCAAAGGCUGGCUGCUAUGGGGCAGAGGGACAGUUUGGCUCCCGAUUUGUGUGCCUUUAAUUCAGAGGAUGAAAACCUUCCCCUUGGUAAGAGCAAAAGUGAAACCUCCUGUAGCACUGCACACCUCCACAUUAGCCCAGCUUGGAGACUGCAGGUGCCUGCUGGGGUUGCAGGAGGUGGCAGCUGGUGUAAGGGCUGGUGGCUGCUUUGCUGUGAAGCAGAGAGUUCUUCAGUGAACAAUAAAAGUUUGUGUGAGGCA